GCACAAGCGUUACAUAAUCAAAACGUGUGGGUGGAUGGCAUUAGCCGAGGAACUCAUAACGUUGUAAAAGAGCAGUUCAUUUGGGAUGCAGAGAAGGAUAUAUGGCACACUGUUGUCGGCGGAACCUGUGACACAUUCUCUCUCUCUCGCUCUCUGCCUCUCACCCUUUCAUUCCCCCUCUUCUGUAGGCUAUUUCUCUGGCGCGCGCGCUCACACUAACCUUGGCUCGACGUCAGAGGCUGUGCAGCAGUGCAGUAUAAUGGGAGAGUAGGCAACAUAAAGUGCCUCAUAGGCUGCUAUUGCGAUUCAGCUCUGCUUGGCGCUCUCCGCUGCUCCCCUACCAACGCUCUUCACGUGUGGGUAUCCGGCUGCCCGUGUCUCACCUCCGCUAGGCACCGGCCCAUGUAUGGGCCCCCACCGGUUUGUAACGCCCGUCAUGGAUGUCCCGCCGUCUCUUGAACCGGAGGAUCGUUUCUUGGCGCAGUGAAGUAGGGAAUCAUGCCGGGACUGCUAAUGGAUUUAGGGGAAGCGCGAGUGACCAUGCCGUGAUCCUGCGCGUGGGCUGCCAUCACCCUGCCGAAAGACCGUAGACCGAAUUCCGGGCGAAUCAAAAGCGUACGGGGGAUCACCACUGUGCAUUUUACAAACAACAUGAAGAUUACCUCCCCGCUGAUAACUAGUCUCGUUUUCAGGUUCAACCUCAGACUGCUGCUCCCGCUUCUGAUGCUGUUUCUGGGAUACUCUCGCGGGAUGCCGCACGUUUUAAGAUAUGGAGGAAUAUUUGAAUCCAUCGAAAGCGGCCCAUCAGGAGCAGAGGAACUCGCCUUUAAAUUUGCCUUGAACACAAUCAACAGGAACCGCACCCUGCUGCCCAACACCACACUCACAUAUGACAUCCAGAGAAUCAACAUCUUUGACAGCUUCGAGGCCUCCAGAAAAGCCUGUGACCAGCUCUCGCUGGGAGUGGCAGCCAUCUUUGGCCCCUCCCACAGCUCGUCGGCCAACGCAGUCCAGUCCAUUUGUAACGCCCUGGGGGUUCCCCACAUCCAGACCAAGUGGAAGCACCAGGUUUCAGACAACAGGGAUUCUUACUACAUCAGCCUCUACCCAGACUUCCAGUCCCUCAGCCGGGCCAUCCUGGACCUGGUGCACUUCUUCAAAUGGAGGACGGUCACUGUGGUCUAUGAUGACAGCACAGGUCUUAUUCGGUUGCAGGAGCUGAUCAAGGCGCCAUCCCGAUACAACAUCCGUUUGAAGAUCCGACAGUUGCCGGCGGAGACCAAGGAUGCCAAGCCACUUCUGAAAGAGAUGAAGAAAGCAAAGGAGUUCCACGUGAUCUUUGACUGCGGCCAUGAAAUGGCUGCCUGGAUCCUGAAACAGGCUCUAGCCAUGGGAAUGAUGACCGAGUACUACCACUACAUCUUCACCACCCUGGACCUUUUCGCCCUGGAUAUGGAGCCGUAUCGGUACAGCGGAGUCAACAUGACGGGUUUCCGGAUCCUAAACACGGAAAACUCUCAGGUGUCGUCGAUCAUCGAGAAAUGGUCCAUGGAACGCCUACAAGCCCCGCCCAAACCGGACUCGGGCCUACUGGAAGGAUUCAUGACGACGGACGCAGCGCUGAUGUUCGACGCGGUGCACGUUGUGGCUGUGGCGGUGCAGCAGUCGCAGCAGAUCACCGUCAGCUCGCUGCAGUGCAACCGCCACAAACCCUGGCGCUUCGGUGCGCGCUUCAUCAGCCUCAUCAAAGAGGCCCAUUGGGAUGGCUUGACUGGACGCAUCCUCUUCAACAGAACCAACGGACUGAGGACAGACUUCGACCUGGACGUGAUCAGUCUUAAGGAGGACGGACUGGAAAAGAUAGGAACGUGGGAUCCUCCCAGUGGCCUGAACAUGACGGAGAACCACAAGAGCAAGACAACCAACAUCACAGACUCUCUGGCUAACAAAUCCCUCCGCGUCUCCACCAUACUGGUGGAGCCCUACGUGAUGUUCAAGAAGUCAGACAAGCCGCUGUACGGCAACGACCGCUUCGAAGGCUACUGCAUCGACCUUCUCCGCGAGCUCUCAGCGAUCCUGGGCUUCCGCUAUGAGGUGCGCCUGGUGGAGGACGGGAAGUACGGGGCGCUGGAGGAGAGCACAGGCCAUUGGAACGGCAUGGUCAGGGAGCUCAUGGACCAUAAAGCAGACCUAGCGGUGGCUCCGUUGGCCAUCACCUACGUGAGGGAGAAGGUCAUCGACUUCUCCAAGCCCUUCAUGACCCUGGGGAUAAGUAUCCUCUACCGCAAGCCCAACGGAACCAACCCGGGCGUCUUCUCCUUCCUCAACCCCCUCUCACCCGAUAUCUGGAUGUAUAUUCUGCUGGCUUACUUGGGUGUCAGUUGUGUGCUGUUUGUCAUAGCCAGGUUCAGCCCGUACGAGUGGUACAACCCGCAUCCGUGCAACCCAGACUCGGACGUGGUGGAAAACAAUUUUACACUGCUCAAUAGUUUCUGGUUCGGCGUCGGGGCUCUCAUGCAGCAAGGCUCAGAGCUCAUGCCCAAGGCCCUGUCCACCAGGAUUGUGGGAGGCAUCUGGUGGUUCUUCACCCUGAUCAUCAUCUCCUCCUACACAGCCAACCUGGCUGCCUUCCUCACCGUGGAGCGCAUGGAGUCGCCCAUCGACUCAGCCGACGACCUGGCCAAACAGACCAAGAUCCUGUACGGAGUGGUGGAGGACGGAUCAACCAUGACCUUCUUUAAGAAGACUAAGAUCUCCACCUACGAUAAGAUGUGGGAGUUCAUGAACAGCCGGCGAUCGUCAGUGAUGGUGAAAGACAUAGACGCAGGAAUCCAGCGCGUGCUCACCUCAGACUACGCCUUCCUCAUGGAGUCCACCACCAUCGAGUUCGUCACCCAGCGCAACUGCAACCUCACCCAGAUAGGAGGCCUCAUGGACUCCAAGGCCUACGGAGUGGGGACACCCAUGGGCUCUCCGUACCGGGACAAGAUCACCAUAGCGAUCCUGCAGCUGCAGGAAGAAGGGAAGUUGCACAUGAUGAAGGAGAAGUGGUGGAGGGGGAACGGUUGUCCGGAGGAUGAGAAAAAUAAGGAGGCUAGCGCUCUGGGGGUGCAGAACAUCGGGGGUAUCUUCAUCGUGCUGGCUGCAGGGCUGGUGCUGUCUGUGUUUGUGGCCGUCGGAGAGGUCCUGUACAAGUCCAAACAGAACGCUGAACUGGAGAAGCGCUCCUUCUGUAGUGUCAUGGUGGAUGAGUUGCGUGGCUCCCUGAAGUGCCAGCGGCGGCUCAAACAGAAGCCCCAGCCGCCGGUCAUUGUCAAGACCGAGGAGGUCAUCAACAUGCACACGUUGAACGACAGGAGACUGCCGGGCAAGGAGACCAUGGCGUGAUGGGGGUCAAAAGGUCAAGAGAAGGUCAAAAACACCCGUCAAGGUCAAAUACACAGCCAGAGGAUCUGGAGGGGUUGAAUGAAUGUUUACGCAAUGUUAACGUAACCCGAAACUAUAUUGCAUUUGCCCCCAGCUUUGGUAGUAUGGUAGAGAUGUUUCCUGUGGAAAUGUAGACUGUCACCUCACUGUGACCGACGCUUUGUGAAAGAGACUUUUUGGAGGAUUGUGGGGACAAGUUAAAGGAUUGUGAGAUGGAUCUCAAUGGGGAUUGAAAGGGAAGAACUCAAAAUGCAGGUCUGUUGAGACUGUCUUCACAGUCAGUGACUUGACACACACACACAGAAACACACCUGUUCAGAGCAUCACACUACACUUUAAGACCAUAACAUCCCAAGAAAUGAGUUGUUGUUUUUCUGUUGAUGUCAUUAACAAUAUUGUCAAAUCUGUGUGUGUGUGUGUGUGUGUGUGUGUGUCCAGUCGAUCAAAAUGGAUCUCACUACAGGUGAUUAUGAUACGGAAUGUUACAAAGUGCCAAAUGUUGAAUAAGAACUGUAUAAAGAAAUAGAAAGGAUAGCCAGUUUCUAAAAUAUGUAUUUAUUUCAUUUUAAAUCAUUGAUGUUGAUUGAUCUCCCUAAUACUCAUUGUUUAUCUUCUGUAAUGCCUUUAUUGUGACAAAGUUCAGCCAUCAUAAAGAACUGACAUUUUACUUUCAAUGCCUCCACAAACAUGCUGUACAGUGUCAAUAAUAACAUUACAGUCUGCCAUUUGGAGUCAAUAUCCACUGUUUAAAAUAACAUUACAGUCUGCCAUUUGGAGUCAAUAUCCACUGUUUAAAAUAACAUUACAGUCUGCCAUUUGGAGUCAAUAUCCACUGUUUAAAAUAACAUUACAGUCUGCCAUUUGGAGUCAAUAUCCACUGUUUAAAAUAACAUUACAGUCUGCCAUUUGGAGUCAAUAUCCACUGUUUAAAAUAACAUUACAGUCUGCCAUUUGGAGUCAAUAUCCACUGUUUAAAAUAACAUUACAGUCUGCCAUUUGGAGUCAAUAUCCACUGUUUAAAGGCAGGAUUUCUACAAACAAAAAAACGUUCUUUUUGUAUGCAGACAAAGUUUUGUAGUACUUUCUAUCAGAGUAGCAUUCUCUGUGGACUUCACAUAGUGUAUGUAGCGGGUGCCAACUUGGGUGCCAACUUGGGUGCCAACUUGGGUGCCAACUUGAGGUGUCAACUCCUAAUUCUGACUACUGCUGAUUCAGGGCCCUCCCCCGGUCUGGGGCCUCCUCACUGUGCCGUGUAGGGCCCUUCUCUCCUCCUCUGGGAGGGCCACACUGUCUGCUCUAUGGGGCCGUUCUACAGCUGCCUCCCCAUCUCCCUACUAAACCUAGCUUACAUAGCUACACAGUGGUUGUCUCAAUAACUGGAAGUCCUUUUCUCUAUGACCACUGAUCUGGUAGGACUUGACAGGUGGAAGCAAUAUGGUAAAAACCUAUCCAGUCUUUUAUUCUAUCAAUGGUCAUGAAGGAUGACGGGUGUGCUCGUUCAGAGUAGGAUGAAGUUGCCCCUAGAUGCUGAUAGUGGGUCACGUUUGCAUUUUCCCACUAAUGGUUAAAGAGCGGCUGAACUCACUGAUUCCAUAUGUUUCUCUGCUGCUAAUUAAGAAAAAUGAGAUUUGAGUCUUGGGAUUGUUGUUCAAUGUGGGUGUGUUAUGUUCACUUUAUCGUACCCUUGCAGUUACUGUUGUUUGUCCCUCGGUAGCAACAGUAUAGCCACUAGCACUUCCUCAAAAUAGUCAGAAUUAAUCUAGAUAAAUCAAGAAAUGUGUAAUGAAUUUUGACGUUUUUGCCAAGGAUUUUAUUAUUAUUAUUUUUUUUACAUCUUUCUAAGGUGUUUGGUGCAGUAUUUCAAAAGUUAAAAGAUGUGCAUGAAAAAGUCAGUGGACUGCAGACAGUAUUGAGACAGCUGCUGCUGGCUGCGCUCAGGACUGAUUUCUGAGAACAUGUCUACAACUUCAUCAUCAGCAAGCUGUCGAGCUAUCGUAAAUAAAGCACAAGCUGCUACACAGUGUUUAUCAGUGCCCAAAAUCACUAGCUAGAUAAGUUCCAUCUCUGUGUAUGUCAAUGAAGCUCGUUAGUAGUAGCAAGCAGGCACAUAGAGCCGGCAGGCCACGUUAGCUAAAUCAGCUUAUCAAGCCGCUGGAGAGUGGUGACGUGACGUGCUUCGGUGCCGUUUCGUUUUUUACAACUUUCUCACUAUCAAUUACCACAGUGUGGGUCUGGCAGUCUGUUUAUCUGGCAGUGUUUCAUAGGGAAUCACGUUACAAAACAGGUCGCGGCUGGACACAAGACGCUCGAGAAUGGGUUUUAAUAUUGACAAGUGGCAGUUGAGAUGCAAGUGCGCAUCAUCUCAAUUUAUUUUUUCCCAAAACACUUGCAGACACUAUGAAACACAUCAGAAAACAGCCACUCUUUAAAGGGCUUUGGGGCCAUGUGUUCUUUUGACAUAACAUUGCGGAUGUCUUGUCUUAUGUGAACGAGUCCGAGUCCGAGGCGUUGCAUAAUGGACAGAGUUGUCUCACUGUCUGGAGGUUCACUGCUAUGAUUGGAUAGAGUGCAAUCAGCGCAGCUGAUUCUCCGUGCAUUCUCCCUAGGUGUUACCAUCCCGUGUUAGUGGGAAAGUGGGCAUGUAAUCCAACCCAAACGCUCAUGUAAUUUGUGACAACCUCAGUUACACAAAUCUCAAAAAUUUAAGUUUUGGAAUAUACUGACCCAAAUUAUUCUACUUACACUUUUUAACCAAGUGGCACUGGAAUAAAUGUUUCUGAAUAAUAUCGAUGCCGCACAGAGAAGUCAUUUGUUGCGUUCAGUUGCCCUUUGAGGUUAGGAUUGGGGGAGAGGAAGCUGAUCCUGAUCUGGGGGAAACUUCACCCCGGAGCGUCUCAUUCCUUAAUAAAGGGUCCAUCCCCAGAAAAGAAAAUGCAAAAUACAAAGGUUGAUGUUUCUGAAAAUAUUUGUGCUGUACAUGAAUGAAUGAAAGUAGAAUUUAUGAGUAAUUUCAAGAAACCAUUUAGGAACAAUAGAGGGGUUCCAUGCGUUGUUUUUGUUCUACCAGUAUUGCUUGUCAUUUUCUACCUGCUAGAUUCAGUGGUACAACGUGUAAUGGUUGAAUAAUAAUUUGGAAGAUUUAUCAGAAAAUAUCCAAUUGUAUUGUCCCCCAAAAAAUGAGGUAAUAGAAUUUAUUUGACAUUGAUGCAAGGUUUUACAAAAAAAUAUAUAAUAAAAAAACUCAUAACUA